GCAGUGGUGGUGGUGAUGGUGGUGGUGGUGGUGGUGGUGGUGGUAGGAGCGAACAAGAGAAAGAGAGAAAGAGUGGGCAAAAGAGGAGAGGAAAGAGAGACGUGUAGAAUGAUUCGGGUCUACGGACACGCUUGCGUCUCGCGACGGUUCGUGCUGUUCCGCAUCCGCAGCCACAGCCACCGCCACCGCCACCGCCGCCGCCGACACUGCCAGUGAAAAUCGUGUGAACGCGCGUGCGAACGAGGGUGGUUUUUCGAUAAAAAGGAAAACGUUUACGAAUGAUUCCGUCCUCUCGCGAUACAUAGAAAAUACGUGUGCGCCGCUGCUCAGUCUUCUUUUCCUCUCUUUCUCUCUCUUCCUCUCUUUCUCUUUUUCUCUCUCUCUCUCUCUCUAUAUAUAUAUAUAUAUAUCUAUCUCUCACUCUCGUUCCUUCCGCGGAAAGAGAUCCUCCUCUUACGGACGGUAGUACGCGCGAGGAGGAAGGGAACGUUUGUGCACAGUGAAGUGACGCUUUGGUGUGUUAGAAUAUCGAGCGUCGCGUUGACCGCUACGAAUUUUCUCUCUCUCUUUCUCUCUAUCUCUUUCUCUCUCUCUCUUUCUCUUUCUUUCUCUCUUUCUCUCGGAAGUCCAAACGGAAAUCUCACACGCGAUAAUGGCGUACUUUCCGACAUUCCGAUGUUUUUUUCUAAAGAAGUUGUGUCGAUUCUUUUGAAUGAUAAAAAUGCUCGUACGUUGCGCCUUAUUCGAGUUCUCUAACCUCGAGAGUUCGGAAUGCAAUAAUACCGGAGGAUGUGAUAGGGUCAUCAUAUUUAAAAGCUACUACUACUACUACUACGACUACUUUCUUCUUACGCUCUCUUGUAAUAUUUUCUCUUCCACCUUCUCCUCCUCCUCCUCCUCCUCCUCCUCCUCCUCCUCUUCUUGUUCUUCUUCUUGUUCUUCUUCUUCUUCUUCUUCUUUACCCUUAUUGCCGCUUACAAAGUAUAUGAUUUUGUUCGUUCGACCAACAGAACGACUAUCUUUUCAUCUAUAUUAUUUUGGAUCUAUUGGCCUAUCACCAGAGAGCAAAACAGAGAUACAAAAAUGGGUACGCUACUAGCUAUAAAAGAGAUUGCACAAUACUCUCUUAAGCCUGAAAUGGAGGCGAAGAGUCCUGCUGCGUAGACAUGGACUCGUACGAUUUGUUCGGUGAAGAUGUCAGUGGCUCAAUGCUCGAUGCUCUUCCUGAUCUUGGGGGGAACGAUCAUUUUGACCCUGCGAGUACAAGUAAUUCUGUGGUAGUAUCAAGAGAUGGUCCAAACCCUGGCACUAAUGGAGGAGGGAGUUACAUUAGUCAAUCUUAUAUUUCACAAGAAUCACCUCUUCAAAAAUUGACUUCAUUUGGUGGAUCUGAAUUUGGAAAUUCUAAUCAGUUACAAAAUCCAUCUCAACGCAGUAUGUUUAACCAAAAUCUAGGAACGUUUGAUAGCGCAACACCACAACGUGCUAUGGUGCCAGGAGCUUUUCAAAAUCAAGCUCGUAGUAUGGCACCUCAGCAUAGAGGACCUCACCCUGGUAGUGGAGGUCAAUAUCCUACUUAUAAUGAUAAUAUGUAUUCUAUGGAACAGCAACAUUCAAUGGCUAGACCUAAUAUGAAUAUAGACCCUAAUAUGCAGGGUUGGCCAAGUAGUGGUAGUGCUUAUCCUCAAAUGCAAAGGCAUUAUAAUCAGAUGGCACAGCAACCUGCUACUUAUCGGCAGCAUAUGCCACCUCAGUAUUCGCAUCAGCAAGAUCAAGCUGGUGUCAUGAAUCAAAAAUUACAACAGCAGCAACAACAACAGCAGCAACAGCAGCAUUUUAGUACACAACAAGGAAUGAUAGGAAAUAUGGGAGUAGCAACUCAUCAAGCAAUGCAAAGCAGUGGAACAGGCAGUGUCUACCAACAUAUUGUUGGGCAGCAACAACAUUACCAACAAGGAAAUUCUGUUGCAAUGUAUCAAACUUCAUCAGGGUAUCCUGGUUUUACAUCAGCCAUGCACCAACAACAACAACAACAAUCGCAACAACCUCCACAAAGAAUGCCUCAUCAUCAUCCACCUCAUCCGCCUCAUCAAACACAUCCUUCGCAUCCCCAGCAAUAUUCACAACAUUCGCAACAUCCUAAUACGCAACAGCAACCAAUGGAUUCUCAGUAUCCACAUCAUACAACAUCCAUGUUUAAUCAACCGCAGCAUUCUGGCCCUGCGGCACAAUUUAAUACUAAUAAACAUGCUACCAGUCCACAAUAUCGUGCUACUUUUCCACAAUUAUCACCCCAAAUGUCUCCAAGACCUCAAAUGUCUCCAAGACCACCUGCCGUACAACAGCAAAUGUCUCCAAGGCCAAUUAUGUCUCCUGCUAAACCGAGUACAUUAUCGCCACAUCCUCAUGUACAACUUCCUCAUCAACAAUCAAAUCAGCCUAAUACAAUGUCAGUUUCUCCAUGUCCACCAUCUUCAAUGCAGAUGAAUCCAUCUUCUCAACAAACCACUUUACAAGCGCUUGAGCAAAUGGUCAUCCCAGGCGUUGCUGUAUCUAAUCCAAAUGUACCUGCUCAAGACUAUAAUCAAUUUCAAACACGACCGCCAUUGUCGCAAGCACCAAACGUUUUACAACAGUCAACUGCACAAAAUUCUAUACCGUCGAUUGCUGGACCUAGAAUGCCAAUGUCUGCACAGUGGUCGCAUCCACAACAGCAGUCACAGGUUAGGCCAAAUUUGGCUGUCAGUGAUGACAGAAAUAUAGUUGAAAAUCAACCUCCGGUAGUAUCAGAAUCUAGUGCUCCAUUAUUUCCAGUAUCUGGAACAGAAGCUAUUCAUAGUGGAGCAGAAACAUCAGUAAGAGAUUCUACAGAAAAUAUACCGAAUUCUACAGAACAACCUACACAAGGUACUGAAUCUAUGGAUCAGUCUACCCAAAAUCAGAAGUCAGAUAUGCUUGGUUCUGGCAGUGAAAGUUCAGUGCAAACUACUUCACAAAAUAAUUCAAAUUUAGAUCAUACCUCUGCAUCAACGACACAUGUGCAGAUGGAAGCAGUACAAUCUUCUGCAACAUCUAGUACAAGUGGAAAUGUAGAUUGUGGAAAUGUAUCUUCGUUGCAGCAGCAACAGUCUGUCACAGGAACACUUUCUACUACUGUUACUAGUAUGGAAAAUCAAGUUACGUGUGAUACAAAACAACAUGAUCAGACUAUAGAAAUUGCUUCUGUUCAACAUCAUCAAGCACCUAUGGGAAAUACAAUGUCACAUCCCCAACAGCCUGUAAUCAAUCAAACGCAACAGCAGCAGCAGCCACAACAACAACAGCAGCAGCAGCAACAACAACAACAACAACAACAACAACAACAGCAGCAGCAGCCUCAAGCUCAACCCCAACCUCAACCUCAACCUCAACCCCAACCUCAGUCUCAGCCUCAGUCUCAGCCUCAGUCUCAAGCUCAGCCUCAAGCUCAGCCACAGCCUCAGCCUCAAGUUCAACCUCAGUCUCAGCCUCAGCCUCAGUCUCAGUCUCAGUCUCAACCACAAUCUCAAACACAACCACCAGCAUUACCACAACAACCACAGCAGCAACAACAAGUGCAACAACCAGCUCUUACUUGUCCUCAACAAGUGCAACAAAUUCCAAUAAUAAAUCAGUCUUCAAUGGUUUCGUCACAAAAUUCAUCAAUCCAAUCAGCACAAAUACAGCAAUCACAAAUGGGACAAACACAGCAAACGCCAAUUACUCAAACGGCGCCAGCACAAUCUCAGCAGCCACCACAACCAUUGCAAACACUUGGUCCAACUCAGCAGCCUCAAAUGGCACAACCUCAACAACCGGUAAUAAGUCAAGCUCAGCAACCUCAACAAUCUCAAAUUCAACCAACACAACAACCACAAUCACAAAUGGGACAACCAUCUCAACAAAUUCCAGUUUGUGUGACUCAACCACAACAAGUACAGCAACCUCAACAAAUUAUGAACCAACAAGUUGGAAUGAUAUCGCAAAGUACUUCAAUAAUACCGAAUCAAAUUCCUCUACAAACACAGUUACAAUCUCCAAUACAAAAUUCCUCUACACAAAUACAAUCUCAAACAAGCCAAGUUCCACCUACGCAUUUAGCUGCUCAACAAGUACCUGCUGUCAGUCAAACAAGUGGUAUGGUAUUGACAUCUCAUCAACCUACAGCUCCUGUAUCAAAUUCGCAAACUCCACAUCCAGUACAAUCCAAUUUCAAUGAAUAUACGAAUAUUCAGAAAACUAAUACUAUAUACACAAAUGAUGUUAUCGUAGCAUCAGGACAACAAUAUCAUUCUGGCAAUGAUAUUAUCAGUGGUAACACUAUGCCAAAUAUGUAUGGUAUUUCAUCUAAUGCAACUCCUACAUCUGUUGCCCCUACUACAUUCAAUGCAUCCUGUGCGCCGGUAACACAUCAUCAAGAAAGAGCUGCAUUGCAACAACAAUUGCAGGAACUUUACUGCAUGCCACCAGCUCCAGAAAAUCAAGAGAAGAUAGUUUCCUUACAAGAAAAAUUACAAGCUCUACAGCAACACGAAACAAAUGAUCAAUGUAAUGGUGGAGCACAAUGUAUCUUGCAAACUCCAAUGUUCACAGCAGCUGUUGUUGACAGCCCACAGGUAUCAAGUACUACUGGUCGUGGCCGUAGUAAAGGUACACCACGGACUAAAAAGAAUCGAAAAAAAGCAGAUAAAGAGGCUGCUGCACCUCCAGCAAGUACACAAGCACUUGUUCAACCUGAACAACCUUUGUCAGACAAUCAAGUGACACCGGGAGACAGCAGUAAUAUUGUCGAUAGUGCUGCUGAUUCUGAGGAUAUGAAACCAUCAUCUGGUGAUAUGGAGGAAGAUUGGAAUAAAGGUAGAAAAGCACGUCUUCCUCGUAAACCACGUAAGCCAAAAGAACCUAAAGAACCGAAGGAAGCUAAGAUAAAGAAGGAACCAAAACCACCUAAGGAAGCUAAGUCUCCAAAAGGGGCAAGAAAAAGAAAUAAAGACAAAGAUUCAACAAAACGUAAUAGAAAAAAAGUUAAUCAAUCUGAGUCAGCUGAUGACGAUACGGUACACGAAACAGAAGAAACUGUUGUCGCAGAUUCGAGCGUGAUCAAAGAUGCAGAGGCGAAAUCUAAAGAUAUAUCGAAUCAAGACGAUCAGGAACAAGUUGAUUCUUCAACGACCGAACAUUUAAUAAGUGAAACUAAAGAGGAGGAUAAAGGGGAAUCAGAAAUUCCGGACGAUGAAAAGAAAGAACAAAAUGCUGAGGCAACAACGGAAACUACGACAACGACGACGACAUCCAGUAGUAAGAAAAAAGGAACAUCUCGGAAAAAAUCUAGUAAAUCUUCUUCAGGGAAAUCCCCUAGAAGUUCUAAGAAACGGAAAAGCCGUAUUGCACCUGAUUCCGAUGGCGAAGAAUUAGCAGCAACGCCACCACCUUCACCGGAAGCUGGAGAUGACAAUAAAAGGCGUUCUGCGAGAAAUACCCAUCGUAAAAAGUACGUUGACGAUGUCAUGCUUCGAUUUUCAGACGAUGAUGUUCCUCUGCAAGAGGCUCAUCUUUCUAAGAAAUCUGAGGGUACAAGUGCAUCCAAACCAACGGCUGUUAAGAAAGAUAAUGAAGGCGGUGAAAUAGGACCAAACAAGCCUAAUUUUGUAUAUAUUAAUACGACUGACGAAGAUUCUAUGGUUGUGCAACAUAUUUUAUGUUCCCGUAUGGGAAAGAGAGAAGUUAAGCCACCGAUAUUACCUGAUAUAAAAUCAGAGACAGCAACAGCAGAAACGAAUGAAAAUGUGACUGAAGAUGCUGCUGCUGUCCCAUCUGAAACGACAAAUAAUACAACAGAAGAAAAGGAAGAUAAUAAGCCAGAAGAACCUGAGAAGGAACCAUUGGUCGAAAGUACGGAUAAUAAAGAAGAAAAUAACGAAAAUGAUAAAGAUGUGACAACGGAGACAUGUGAUCCUGAGAAUGAAACAAAGCCCGAUUCUGAUAAACAAGAAGAGAUAGUUGCGGAUUCCAAAACGCCAGAGAAUAGCGUAGCGGAAGCAAAGCCACAGAUGAUAGAGGUCGAAGAAUAUUUUGUAAAAUAUAGAAAUUUUUCAUAUUUACACUGUGAAUGGAGAACGGAAGAAGAGCUCUAUAAAGGUGACAAACGAAUCCAAGCUAAAUUAAAACGAUUUAAACAGCGACAACAACAAAAUACUAAUAUAUUUGAAAAUACGGAGGAUGAUCCAUUUAAUCCAGAUUUUGUCGAAGUUGAUAGAGUGUUAGACGAAGCAACUCAUACCGAUCCAACAAGCGGAGAAACUGUUAGACACUUUUUAGUUAAAUGGCGUUCUCUACAGUACGAAGAUUCUACGUGGGAAUUAGAGGAAGAUGUAGAUCCUGAGAAGAUAGCUCAAUUUAUGAAAUUUAAUAAAUUACCAUCAAAAGAUCAAUGGAAGCCAAAGAAAAAACCAAAUGCAUCAGCAUGGGUUAAACUAGAAGAGUCACCAAUUUAUAAAAGCAAUAAUAGUUUACGGCCAUAUCAAUUGGAGGGACUUAAUUGGCUUCUUUUUUCAUGGUAUAACGGACAUAAUUGUAUUCUUGCUGACGAGAUGGGUUUAGGAAAAACAAUUCAGUCAUUGACAUUCGUCGAUGCCGUAUACAAAUAUGGUAUUCGUGGUCCUUUCUUAAUAAUAGCUCCUUUGUCAACUAUACCAAAUUGGCAAAGAGAAUUUGAAAGUUGGACUGACAUGAAUGUUGUAGUAUAUCAUGGAUCAGCAGCAAGUAGAACCAUGCUACAAGAAUACGAAGUUUAUUAUAAAAAUGAGAAAGGCCAACAAAUAAAAGAUUUAAUUAAAUUUAAUGUUCUUAUAACAACUUUUGAAAUAAUUAUUACGGAUUUCAAUGAACUACGUGGAUACAAUUGGAGGCUCUGUGUCAUAGACGAAGCUCACAGGCUAAAAAAUAGAAAUUGUAAACUACUCGAAGGCCUUAGACAAUUGAAUUUAGAGCACAGAGUAUUGUUAUCUGGUACUCCUUUGCAAAAUAAUGUGAACGAACUAUUUUCUCUAUUGAAUUUCCUUGAACCAGUUCAAUUUUCUAGUAGUGAAGCGUUUCUUAAAGAAUUUGGAAAUUUGAGUAGUGAAGGUGAAGUUCAAAAGUUACAGCUUCUUUUAAAACCAAUGAUGUUACGUCGACUUAAAGAAGACGUCGAAAAGUCUUUGGCACCUAAGGAAGAAACUGUAGUAGAGGUGGAAUUAACCAAUAUACAGAAGAAGUAUUAUCGUGGAAUUUUAGAGAGAAAUUUCUCCUUUCUUGCUAAGGGUACCACAUCUGCUAACAUUCCAAAUUUAAUGAAUACAAUGAUGGAAUUAAGAAAGUGUUGUAUACAUCCAUUCCUUCUUAAUGGUGCCGAGGAUCAAAUACAAUUGGAUUAUAAGACUGGCGACAAGGAAGAUUCUGAGGCCUAUUAUCAUGCCUUAGUAAAUAGUUCUGGAAAAAUGGUUCUCAUUGAUAAAUUAUUGCCAAAAUUAAAAGCGAGCGGUCAUCGAGUUUUAAUAUUUAGUCAAAUGGUGAAAUGCCUGGACUUAUUGGAGGAUUAUUUAUUAUAUAAGAAAUAUCCAUAUGAAAGGAUAGAUGGCCGAAUUAGAGGAAAUUUAAGACAAGCAGCUAUUGAUCGAUAUAGUAAACCUGACUCGGAUAGAUUUGUUUUUCUACUUUGUACAAAAGCAGGUGGUCUUGGUAUUAACCUUACUGCUGCAGAUACAGUUAUUAUAUAUGAUAGCGAUUGGAAUCCACAAAAUGAUUUACAAGCACAAGCUCGUUGUCAUAGAAUUGGUCAGCAGAAAAUGGUUAAGGUUUAUCGAUUACUUUGUCGAAACACAUACGAAAGAGAAAUGUUCGACAAGGCUUCAUUAAAACUUGGAUUGGAUAAAGCCAUUCUGCAAUCAAUGAAUACAAGCCAAGGUGGAAAAGAUCCUAGUAACAAACAAUUGACAAAAAAAGAGAUAGAAGAUUUGUUAAAAAAGGGAGCGUAUGGUGCUAUCAUGGAUGAUGAUAAUGCAGGAGAUAAAUUCUGCGAAGAAGAUAUUGAUCAGAUUCUCGAAAGAAGGACACAAAUUAUAACAAUUGAAGCCGAAAAAGGAUCUACUUUUUCAAAAGCUAGCUUUGCAUGUUCCUCCAAUAGAUCGGAUAUUAAUAUUGAUGAUCCAGAUUUUUGGAAGAAAUGGGCUAAAAAGGCAGAAAUCGAUACUACCGAAAAGAAAGAGGAAGAUGAAUUAGUAAUUUCUGAACCACGAAGAAGAACGCAAAUUAAACGUUAUGGACACGACGAAUCUGUAGUUGACAUGUCAGAAUUAGACAGUUCAGAUGAUAAUAGCGAUGAUGAAACUAGUGGUGGAUUAACGGGCAGAGGUAAAAAGAGGAGAGAUAAAUUUGGCAAAAAAUCUCGUAAAUUUUAUGACGAAUACGUACCGAGAGAAGGAGAAGUGGUAUAUGGUAGUUGGGCACGUAGCGAGUGUUUCAAAGUGGAACGUGGUCUUUUAACGUUUGGUUGGGGACGUUGGGAAGAAAUUUUACAGCAUAGUCAAUUUCGUCGUGGAUGGCGUGAGAUCGAUGUUGAAGAUUGUGCAAGAGUAAUCCUGCUUUAUUGUCUUCGUUAUUAUCGUGGCGAUGAGAAAAUUCGUAGCUUCAUUUGGGAUCUGAUAACGCCUUUGGAAAAUGGUGAAAAGGUUAAAAACGUUUCUGUCGGUACUAAUGCAAGAAAUAGUAGACAAAAGAAGAAGGGUAGAGUCAGAGAAGGUAGAGAGACCCGAGGAUCUAUUAUCAAUGGUGGACCAAGUGAUCCUAAUCAUUGGAGCAACGCGGAAAAGUAUGACGGUGACAUAUUUUUGGAAAGUAACUAUAGGAAACAUUUAAGCCGGCAUGCGAACAAAGUACUAUUACGUGUACGAAUGCUGUAUUAUAUUAAACAUGAAAUAAUUGGUGAUUUGGUACAACAUAUAUCCGAUGGCGUCCACGUCAGUGCUUUGCGGAUAAACCCUCCGCAGUUGACGGAACGACCAGCGAAAUGGUGGGACUCGACGGCAGACAAAUCCUUAAUAGUUGGCUGCUACAAACAUGGCUACGAGAAUUACGACCAGAUGAGGAUCGAUCCCGCGCUUUCUUUCAUUUCAAGCUGUCCUCCCCCUUCUUCCCAGUCUCAGACUACUCAACAGAACAGCAGUAGCAGAGAUGAAAAUAGCUUAGAAAAUGAAACGGAAGACGGCGAAUGUUCCAUCGUUAAAGAUUCCAAAGAUUCAGAGAAGUUUACUCGUGAGACGCCGAUAGAUUCACCAGCUAUAUCUAGUAAAGCGGAUACACCUAUACCAGAAGCUAGUAGUAGCCAUGAUGGAAAUGAAGUUCUUUUAGAGGAUGAUAAAACAUGGCCAUCCGUAGUUGAUUUAAAUACACGAUUACGUCGUGUAAUAUCUUCUUAUCAACGUAGUGUUACCAAUAAAAAGGAGGACGUUAAGAUAUUGCAAAAGAAUAAGCCUGGUAUAGAAGGUGAAACGACGACUACUAUUAAUCAUACAGGAACGACAAUCAAUGAAACGCCAUUGAAUAUGCAAGGAUGGGAUUUGCAACAAUUGGCUAUGUAUUUGUUGAAAAUGGAAAGGAGAGAAAAGAUGGAGGCAAUGGUAAAGGAACGAGAACGUACACGAAUCGAGGAACAAAAAACUAAAUGGUCACGUCGUGAAGAAAGUGAAUUCUUACGCGUAGUAUCGACUUAUGGUGUCAAUUAUGAUAGGAAGAAGGCACAAUACGAUUGGACAAAGUUUAAGAGUAUUGCGAGGUUUGACAAAAAGACGGACGCAGAUCUUACGGAUUAUUACAUGUCAUUUAGAGCUAUGUGCAAGAAAGUCUGUAAUGCCAAACUGAAUGAAGAAGAAGACUUUGCAGAUGUUCCGGUUGAUCAUUUGAGUCCUGCUAAAGCAAGACAGAUAUUGGAUCGAGUUGAUCUAUUAAGUAAAAUACGGGAAGAAAUUUUGUCUCAUCCACAUUUAGAGGAACGUCUUUCAUUGUGCCAACCAUCGGGUGAUACACCAGAAUGGUGGCAGCCUGGUAAACACGAUAAGGAAUUGUUACUUGGCGCAGCGAAACAUGGUUUAGGGAGAACCGACAUAACUAUUUUAAAUGAUCCGGAUUUCUCUUUUCAUAAGAUUUUAGGAAAAAGUACUUAUAUAGGUACUACGCAAACCUCUAAAUUACCGGAGAAAUCAGAAAAGGCUAUUAAGAUAGAGAAUAGGGAAGAUAUAUUGAACUUCGAUAGGGAUGAAAUACUUGUUAAAUUGGAAAAAGGCGAAGGGACAUUGAAGAUAGAGAAGGUUGGCGCUAAGAGAGAUACGAUAUCGACGGAAAAGAAAGUAGAUAGUCCGGAGAUAGAAAAGAGUCAAGUAGAAUUGACAAUAGUAAAAGCUGAGACAAAAGUCGAGGAAAAGCCAUCAUCUGGUACACCGACAUCGUUACCGUCGUUGCCGUCUCUUCCUCUUCCACUACCACCACCCCCUCCCCCUAUCAGCAGCAAUACGCUUACUAUUUCUACCGUAUCGACGAAAACUAGUACAUCGUUAGAAAAAGAAAAUAACAUUAAUAAGAUCAAAGUUGAAGAGAAAUCUGAACAAACCUUGGACACGACGAAAAGUGAUGUAACCACUACUAAUACUAAUGAUAAUUCCAUUGUUACUUCGAAAUCAACGGAGGAACCGAUGACUACCGAGGAGACAUCAACACCCCCGUUAACGAAUGAGGAAACUGCUGUUAAUAAAACUCCCGUUGAUCCAGAGAAAUCCGAUGAACAACAAUGCAAAGAAUUAUCAAAGGAAUUAUCUAAUUCCGAUGAACAACAAACGACUCAAGAUCAUCCCGUAACGGAAAGUAAUGAAAAGGCUACUUCUGAAAAUAAGGACACCAAUACCGAAUCUAUGGAGAAAGGUACUGAUACAUUGGACAAAAUUGUCACCGAGGAUGUUAAGCCGAACAUCAUUAAAACCGACAAUUCCACUACGACUAAGGAAGAAACUGAAAUAGUCGAAGACAAGGCCGCUGCGGAUGCUAAAGAAAAAACCAAAGUAUCUAAAAUCGAGGAUAAGUGUAGCGUCCAAGCUGCGGAACUUAAAGCAAUGUUUCCUGAUUUGGAAGUUAUACAACCAUUAUCGCGAUUAACCCAAAUCGAUACAUUCGUUUUGCGGGAUAAAACGAUAGACUAUAAUGAGCCUACUAUUGUACAACUUUUAGCACAUAGUUGUAAUAAUGCUUCUUUAAAAUGGCCGAAAGAACACGCAAUCGAAGCUCGUUUAAUGCAUAUCGUACAUGCAAUAGAACAUAAAGAAUGGCCUGUAUCAAUAAACUUUAGCGCUGGUGAGGAAUUGGAUACGACGAUUUCGAAUGAAAAGGAUUGUUCAGAAGUAAUUACGAUAACGACAGAUCAUGGGGUGUCGCGAACGCCGGCAACUGGAAAUAAUAUUUCUGCUAGUAAAAAAAGGAAAAGACAUAUUGCCAUAGAUGUUGAAACGGAACGAGCCAAACUUCAUGCUCUUCUCAAUAGUAGUCAAAUACAAUCACAACCUCCGACACCUUUGAGCAAACCAACAAUCCUCUCAGGUUCGACAACUUGGGAAGUUAAUGAGGAAUCACAAUCUGAGGAUUCACGACGUUCAACGCCAGUACAACCACCACCGGCACAUCAACAAACACGAACGCCAAAUAUACCGUUUGACUUGAAGUAUACUGUUCCUGGUAAAACAACAGUUAUACCAGGUACUUCGAGUACUUUAACGCCUAUUGAUUUAUCUGCUGGGUAUCCAAAAACAAGUUCCGAUAGCAAUAAAGAUAUUAUGAAUGAAGUUCAGGACUUCUCAAUGCCUAAUAAAAAUAAGCAAAGCAAUAGCAAUAAAGGAAAGCUUGAUAGUAUGUUGGACAAAUUAAUGAAAAGGAAAAAUUGUCCGACAGACGAACCUAUAGUUGGAAAGGAAAAGAAACGUCGGAAAUUAGAUGAAAUAGUAUUAGGUUUGAGUGCUGCAAAGGAACAGCAAAGCAGUCAUUAUCCCGAACACAGUAAAAAGAACACAAUCACACCCAAUGUCACUGUCACUCCAACGUCAGCACCGAUUGGACUUCCUAAUCCUCCUGCAAAUACUCAAAAGCCAUUUUCUAUCACCGUCACGUCGAUUCCGUCGUCUCGAGCUUCAGGGACAUCUUCCAAUUUACCACCACCAUCAUUACAUUCGCACAAGGAUAGCUUUUCUGCCUUGCUUGUUCAAGCGGAACAACAAAAUCGUGAACUCAAGAAACAACAACAGCAACAGCAACAACAACAACAACAGCAGCAGCAACAACAACAGCAACAUCAGCAGCAGCAGCAGCAACAACAACAACAGCAGCAGCAGCAACAACAGCAGCAGCAACAUCAAAGUCAUCAACAGCAAGCAUUCAAUUCAGCACAUUCUUCUGCAAGUAGUCAUAGGAAAAGUUACGAAGCUAUGAUAGCCGAUAUUAAUAAAGUUGCCGAAUAUUCAUCGAAAAUCGGAUCGUAUUCUCACGAAGCAAAGGUGAACAAAUGGUUGGCUGAACAAACUGCUAUGUCAGAGCAAUUAAAUGCCGAGUACUUAAACGCUCCUAGACGACGAAGACCUCGUGUCGAUCCAUCUUUGUUAGAUUGGAAAAAAUUGACGGGUGAUGAGAACGUUGCCGUGAUUAAUCGUUUAACUGGAAAAAAGGUCACCGGUAGCAAAGCUCCUCAAUUAAAACGACUUGGACAAUGGUUGACUGAAAACCCUAUGUUUGACGUCGAUCCGAAGUGGGCCGAACUUGUGAAAGAGCGUGGUAAUCUACCGCAUGAUUUGCAAAAGAGAUUACCUGGAUCCGAUAGAUCUGGCGUAAGCAAGGGGAAGAGUCCUGGGAGACCACCAAUGAUGCCAAGUCCAACUAAUCAACAAUCGGCAAGCCAAGCGAAUUUAGCUGCUACGUCAAUGGCGUCUAGCUUAAAUUUCCCUUCGUUAGGCAAUUUGAAUAAUUCUCUUUUAUCUGGACUUUCACUUGGCAAUUUCGAUCCGAAAAAUAAUCCUCUUCUAAUGCCAUUUGGUGGCCUACCGAACCUAGGAGCACUAAGCGGUCUUAGCAAUCUUAGUAAUCUCAGCAAUAUGAGUUUAACAAAUUCAUUAUUCGCAAAUCUUGCUGGACUUGGUUUGCCAUCAUUAGCGGGUAUGGAAGCUGCUUUAAGUGCAACUGCAACUAGUACGGCCGACACAAAUCCAGCGGUCAGUUCGGUUAGCAGCAAAAAUACUAGUUCAAGCAGUAUUAGUAAUACCGGUAAACCACGAAACAAAUUAGAACCCCCUACGAGCAAAACGUCCGUGCCAUCGACAUCGUCGGCAUCGUCGGCGUUACCAACGACGACGCCAUUCCCCUUCUUUUUUCCAAAUCCUAGUCUUCUGUACACGCCAUUAGGUUUAGGUGGUUUAAAUCCGUUCUCGAUGCAACCUGGUGGCGUAUCGUCGGCCUAUGAAAGUCUGGCACAGUGCGGCCUUUUAAAUCCGCCAACGUCAAGUGCCUCGACUGUACGGAAGCCUGCUUCGUCAGCGAGCAGUUCGAGACAACGAGAUACAAUUGUGGAUUCGUCGAGCAAACGAAAAGAUUCCGAGAAAAAGCCUAGAUAUCCUGUCGAUCCAGGUAUAACGUUACAACAAUAUACGGAUAUGGCAUUACAUACGGAGGAUAGGCGUCGUAUGGAACACGAAAAGAGAGAGGCUAUCGAGCAACAAAACGAUAUUACCGAGGUUAAUGAAAGAAGGCUCGAAAGGAAAAGUAAGGAACAAGAGAUGAAAGAGGCUUUGGAACAUUUGAGUCGGACAAGUGCAGAAUUGUUAACGAGAAAUCUCGAGGACGUGCAACAGCGAUGCAACGAAAAGAGAAGUCAUAGCAUAGACCGUAAUCAGAACUCGGAUCAGCAACAAACGUCGUCGACUCCGUUAGAGGUAACAUUAGAGCCGGUAGCUAAGAAAAUGCGAUCCGAGAUUGAGACGAUCGCGAAGCCUACGACAGUGACAAAUAACGAUACGCCAUCAUCGGUCGACGUGGAACCGGUUCCUAGAUCAACAAGUACGACUAAGCAGCUUCCUCAAGAAGAUACGGCAGGUACGGUCUCUUCAGAGGUGCCGUUGAACGUUAGCAAAAAAGAAUCGACAAGCGAAGCUGCUCCGACGACGAUUGCAACAAAUCUACCAUCUCCUUCGCAGCAAGCUUCGACUACGAAAGCAGACUUAAGUAAUAAAUCUCAUAUAACGGAAAGCGAGGAAGAUGGUAAAGGUGGCGCUAAGGGUAAAAAAUCACGAAGUGGUAAGAGAUUAAGUAUCGAACCUCCGCCCGAACGAAAGAAUCUAAGGUCCAGUGCCGGUAGACAAGCAAGAGCGGCGGCCGAACGACAAGCGAGAUUGGAAUGUGAAUUACAAUCUGAACAACACCAACAACAGCAACAGCAGCAACAACAGCAGCAGCAGCAACAACAACAGCAGCAGCAGCAGCAGCACCACCAUCAAUCGCAGGAACAAUCGCAGCAACAAACCCAACAACAACAGGAUAGUCAUGUUGGCAACGAAUGAACUCGUGUGAUCGAUGUUAAUGCGAAUAAUAGUGAUUGCAAUGCUAACAAAUAACCGAGGCCAAUCGAGUUCGUCGUAAUUUAUAUCUCGAUUCGUAAUUAAUUCGGUUAUUUCUAGCAUUUAGCUAAUAACCAUUUACCGUGGAUCGCUAAGUUGGUGGAACUGUAUAAUGUGUGCAUCGUUUGGUAAUUUCUUUUUUUUUUUUUCCUUUUUUUACUUCUUUUCUUUUUCUUUUCUUUUUUUUUUCUUUUUUUUUUUUUUUUAAACGAACACAAGUGCGUUAAAGGACUACAAAACGUACAAAAGUUGAAUCUUUACGGGUAGCCUUUCAUCGUCAUUGUGAAAAUGAAAAAAAAAAAGACAUAUACGAUUGAGAAGUGGCGUCUUAUAUAGGUGGGCAUAAAAAAAAAGUACAGAGGUUGUUGUUGGUGUGUGUGUGUGUGAAUGUACGUUAAGAUACUUUGAAGUCGGGCGAUAGUAUUUUAUCACUCGAUACUUUGUGUGGUGAUUAACUUUUAAUUACGUAACAUUACAAUUUAAAGGAAACAAAAUAAAUAAAUAAAUAAAUAAAUAAAAAAAUAAAUAAACAAGUAUAAUUUUGUUAAAUUUAAUAUCUUUUACGAUCUUAUCAGUUUUGACCACAGGGACUGUUUUAUAUAACUGCUAUCACUUUAUUGUGCACUAGCCCCCCCCAUUGUGCGUGUUACAAUGUCGGGCAUAACACGAUAUAAUAAUAUAACCAUAACGUAGGAAAGUAAUUAUUAAUUUAAUAAAUAAAUAAAUAAAUAAAUAAAUAAAUAAAUAAAUAAAUAAACAAAAAGGAAAAAAAGAAAAUGUAAAUAUUAUAUACAUUAUGCCUAUAGCUCAUAAGCAACUGUGUACUUGGAGAAGUGUAUAUAAUAACGCAAUGUACUUUUAAUUACAUUAGAUGAAAUAAUAAACAGCUUCUUUUGUUGUUUGCAAAUGCCAAGCGCCAAGACUUCCAUUUUAUUUAGUGUAUUGACCUCGAUCAGAAGAAAUUGGUAGCUUGCAGCAUCCAUGUUCGAUAUUCGAUUUUUGUAACAACCGUCACAGCAUCAUGACACGUAAACGAUAUUUCGUUCUUUAUUAUAUUAACUACAUUGUCAUAUAUAUGAAAGGAAAAAAAAAAAUUAUAAGUUCAGUAUUGAAAAUGUUAACAUUAUUACUCUGUAUUUUGUAUCGUGUACAUUGUAUCAAAGUAUAUAUGCAAUAAUUAAUUUAAAGUCAU